UGCUCCAGAUUCAGACAAAGAAUUCUGAAUGGAAGUGCUGGAGAACUUUUUGAUGAUCGGGAGAUAUGUGCCCCUGUGGGUUUGCAAAUUGUGAUUCUGGUUUUUUGGCCAUCGGACGAACAUGAAGAUGCCACAUUCGUUGCUGCGUGCCAGCAGAGUGAGCUUGAGCGAGUUGAGGGGAUGCUUCAACGACCACAGAACCCCGAUGUGAGAGAUCGUGAUGGCUGGCCAGCCGUACGCUUCGCGGCACAAAUGGGCACCGCGAGCUGCAUGGAAUUGUUGCUCGAGUCUCGUGCUGAUCUUGAAAUUAGAGCCACAGAGGAUGCCUCAACAGCUUUGCAUUACGCAGUCUUCAAUGGUCAUCCCGAAGUAAGAUGCUGUUGGAUGCAAGUGCUGACAGAAACAGUGCAUUGGAAGAAGGAGCAACAGCAUUGCAUUUUGCAACUGAGGGAGGCCACUUGGAAAUGGUACGGUUGUUACUAGAUGCUAGUGCUGACAUGAAUAGUGAAACAACAGACAGCUUGACCCCUCUGCAUCUUGCAGCUCAGGAAGGCUACUUGGAAAUAGCACGAUUGUUGCUUGAUGCUGGUGCCGACAAGAACAGUGCUAAUGUCUUUGCUGCUGCGUGGUAGAGCUAAGUUUUGGAAGAAGUAGCAAAUGGCUGUACACCUCUGCAUCUUGUCACAAUGACGGGCUGCUCAGAAAUAGCACAUUUGUUUUUAGAUGCCGGUGAAGGGAAGAACAGUGCAACCAAAGAUGGCUUCACCCCUCUGCAUCAUGCAACUGAAAAGGGCCACUUGGAAGUAGUGCGGUUGUUUCUCUUGUCAGGUGUUGAGACAGACCGGAAGACAGCACGUGGUCUGACAGCUUUGCACCUUGCAGUGCAGCAUCAGGAGGUGGGAGUGGUUAAUUUGUUGCCCAAAUCCGGCGCUCAUGCUAACGCUGAGACGGAUGCUGGUGAAACAGCUUUGCACUUGGCUAUCGAAAACGGUUGCUUGGAAAUGGUUCGCUUGUUGCUUGCAUCCGGAGCUCACAUUGCUCCGGCUGAUGUGGAUUUGGCACGUCGAUGGCCAGAGGUUCAGGAUCUGUUGAUUAAUCUAUAGAUUCUGAAUGAAUUUGGAUGGAUUUCGCGUGCUGCGACAGCCGGAG